AACGCGACCCGGAUGCGGUUGCGGAGCGGGCCCGGGCGGCGGCGGGGCCCGGGACCGGCACCGGUAACCACGGCAACCCCGGGACCGGGAACCCCGGGACCGGUAACCCCGGUAACCACGGGACCGGUAACCACGGGACCGGCACCGGUGCAGGGAGCCAUGGCAGGAGCUAUGGUACGCAUUGGUGACCAGCUCAUCCUGGAAGAAGAUUACGACGAGACGUACAUUCCCAGCGAACAAGAAAUCCAGGAUUUUGCAAGGGACAUCGGGAUCGACCCUGAGAAGGAGCCGGAGCUGAUGUGGCUGGCCAAGGAAGGCAUUGUGGCCCCGUUACCACCCGAGUGGAAGCCCUGCCAGGAUAUCACUGGUGAUAUCUACUACUUCAACUUUGCUAACGGCCAGUCCAUGUGGGACCACCCCUGCGAUGACCACUACAGAGAACUUGUCGCUCAGGAGCGAAAGAAGCUGCUGGCACGCGGCGGUUUGAAAAAGAAAGAGAAGAAGAAGAAAGACAAGAAAGAAAAGAAAGACAAGAAGGAUAAGCAGUCACCGAAGCGAUCCACUGAAAUGCAGCCAGGGAUUCUUCCUUCGACACCCUUUUGUCAAAUACCCUGCGCCAUUCUGUCCCCUGGGCAGGAGAGUCCCGAGCCAGAACCAGAUAGCCAGAUUAGAAAUGAAGGCCUCUUUGACAAAGGCAAAGGGAGAGCAUCGUGCGUAACGGAUUCAUGGAGGCAGUUUGCAGACAUGUGGCCGAAUAACCUGCACCCUAUUCUUGUAUCAGAGUUCAGCAGCCCAUGCCAGACCUUAACUGAUGCGGUGAAAAUUUUAGGAAACGGCCCACCUUUCGGCAGCUUUGAUGUAGACAUCCACCAGGAGCAAGGUAUACCUUUGGCAAUACAAGAAAAUCUUUGUUCCAGUUCUGACUCACAGUCUGACGAUGUAGAGGUUAGGCCAACGGUACAACCUUUGCAUGUGUUAAAGAAAUCCUGUUCGCAAGACUUUGAGAAUGUUCAAACUCCACCAGAGUCCCCUGAAGACAAAAUCCUGCUCUUUGAUGAAAAGCUGAAAGGAAAGCAGAAGAUUAAAGACGUGAUGGAUGACUGUGUCCGUAAAUCCGAUCGUCCUUUCUCAGCUGGAGAGAAAUCUACAGGACCUGGUGGGGAUGUGAAAAGAAGUCCAAGCUUAUUGCAAGCCAGAGAAGAAAGGUUUUACUGCAGGAACCUUGAAAUGACUCUUUUUGAUGCCAGUGCCACAAAUGACUGGGGUUUGCAGGAGACAGUUGAUGCUCCACACGCUCGAGAAGAGCUAAGCUCCCGCACCAGAGUAUCUCAGAGCAGAAGUAAGAGAAAAGUUCAAGGUGGUGAGGCUUUGGCUCAAGCUACCAGUCUCCGCAGGAGCAAUGAGAGCAGCAGCAGACCUGAGAGAGAGGGCUCAAAGCAAAUGGAUCUGACGAAACUAGGAGUAGAUACAAAAGGAGACGGCAUGAAUGGUGUGCUAGGGAGCCUACCCACGGCCCCUGCAGAGAUCGUGGGAACACGACACUGCUUCCAAGGAAUAGAUGCAAAGGGAGGAACUGAUGUGGGUCUUCAAUCCGCAGUGCAUCCUACAUCGAAACAUGUUUUUUCAUCUGCCAAAGACGGCUGUAAAGAUGACGAAAGAGGCGGUUUGAUGUCAGAGUGUGAUAGCAGUGAUUUGGACAGUUCUCAGAACGAUAAUGCACCCCAGAUACUGGGAGUCUCCUCUCUACACAAUGAGUCUGGGAGACCGAAGGACGUGUACUCUGUCACAGAAGAGCCUGUGCUGCCUUGUCCCGUCCUGGGAUCAUCCCUGUCUCAGAUAUUAAGUCCUGCCGAGGAGUCAGAGAGAGAGUGUAGCUCCAAGGACAUGAAACUGUGCCACGCGUUGCAGGAAUGUGAAGAAGGUGCCAGCCCAGAACCUGACUGUGUUAGUUUUUUGGUGGAUUCGUGUGGGAAAUGCACUGCCCAGGAGUCUAAUGGUGCUGGAGUGCAAACAGAAGUGAAGGAAGAAAAUGGCAGGACAGAUCAAGCUCCCGGAGCGUGGGGAGAUGAAGUCCCAGAAGAAUUGCAGCUUCCCCCUGAGUAUCUCCGCCAGAUGGCUGACUGCCAGGGAAGCACCAGUCUCUGUCAGCACGUGGAAGCGGAGGUGACCCAAACCAGACAAACUGCUGAGAACUGCAGCAAAAUAGAGGCUGGUGAAGGAGCAGGGGGGAACGAGUCUUCAGGAUCCCCGCUAGCACCUGUGCAGGCGCCCCUGGGGAACCUUGCUCCGUUGCGUGGCCCCGUGGCUUCUCCAGCUGGCAUCCUUCGAGGUUCGCUGAACUCGGACGUGGGAAGCUCUGUGGACUCCAGUCUUGCAGCCAGAGGAGAAACUCGGCCCGCAGAGCCCUGUAAGCCCACUGGCCACACCAAGAAGUUGCUGGGAUUGGUCUGUGAAGAGAAGAGUUCUCUGAACACAGUACCUUUAGAUAAAGGGAGAAACGAAGAGGAAGAAAGUGAGAAUGAGAGCCUCCGUGGGACACGAAGACUGUUCAAAAACCUGCACAUGGAUGUCAGUGCCUUGGGAGGCAGCUUUGAGUCUGAGCUUUCAAAGGCAUCUGAGACCAGUGAAUGUGUGGAGGACUUGCAGGCUUCCAACCGCUCAGACCACGACCUGAUUCAGCAUAUGGACUUGGCUUUCCAGAGUCAUUUUUCUGAGCAGGUAUUGGAUGUGGGUGUUCUGUCUCCUGUUUUAGACAGCCCCAUGUGCAAGGCCCAGGAGCUGGGAGGAGAAGAAAAAGAUCAAAGCAAAGCCAGUAUAGAAGAAGAGCAAAGCAAAAGAACAAAAGCUGCUGAGAGGCAACCUGAAAAGGAAAUAAAACAAGAGCAGUCCCUGAGCCAGCCUAGUGAAGAAUCUCUGGAGGAAAUAGCCAAGGAGCUGGAGAAGGAGAUUGAACGAGAGAAAAUGCACUUACUGCAAGCAAAGGAAGAGAAAAUUCAGCAAUUCCAGGAGGAGAUGCGGCAGCAGGAAGAAGAAGAAGCUCAGAAGCUUCAUCAGCAAAAAGAAAAAUCCCUCAGGACUCUGAAAGAGGAUUUGGCAAAGGUUUCUGAGGAAGAAGAGUUGCGUGUGAGAAAGGAAGAAACUGAGAGACUCUCAAAGCUGCGAGCCAAAAUCGCCUCAGAGACUGAGGCAGAGAAGGAGAAGAUAAGGGCAGAGCAAGAGUUCAUGCUGCAAAAAUUGAGAGAAGAGUGGGAAUCUCUGCAGGUAACAGAGAAGAAGAGCCUGGAGAGGAAGAAGCAACUUGUUUUGGAGAAAAUGAAGCUGGAAAUGGAGGAAGCUCAACAGGAAGAGAUGGUCAGGCUGGAAGAAGAGAAGGAACAAUUCCUGAGGGAGCUUAAGGAGAGAUUAGAAACAGAAAAGAGAAAGGCAACAGAGGAGCUGGAGAAACAGUUUGCAACUGAACUCCAGCAGCUGAAAUCUGCAGCAGAAGAGAAGCAUCAAAAGGCCAUUUCUAGCUUACAAACCCAGGCGGCGGAGGCACAGAGGAGUAAGGAGACUUGGCUGCAUGAAGACUUGCAGAGAGCAGAGCAGAAAACGCAGCAAAAAGCAUAUCAAGUAAUGGCAUAUGAACAUGAGCUCAGUGAGCUUAUGAGAGAGAAACGCCAGGGAGUGGAAAAAGACCAUGAGAGGAAAAUGGAGAGGAUGAAAGAGGAGCACCAGGAGGUCCUGGCAAGGAUUCAGGAUCAGUAUGAAGAGGAGGAGAGAAAGCAAAGAGCAGAACUGUUUGAAGGCCUGCGAAGUGAGAUGGCACGCCUCCGACAGCUUCAUGAAGUGGAGGUGAAAGCUCUGCAGGCAGAGCUGGAUGAACGGCUGACCCUAUUGCAGAGUAGGCAUAGGGAGAAGGAAAGAAAACUACAGGAUUCAGAAAAUGAGCUUGAAAUACGUGCAAAGAAUGUCAAAGCAAGAUCCGUGCAGCUUCUUAGCCAGGAGGAAUCUCUGAGGAAGAAAAGGCAGCAGCUGCUGGAUGAAGACAGACGGACUGAGCUAGAAAGAGAUGAAGCUGCUUUAGCUUCUCAACUCCGCCUCGAGGAGAAUCGGAAGGAGCACACCAACCUUCUUGAGUCCAUCCGGCAACUGCGCAGGUCUCUUGAAGAGCUCCAAGACCAGAAGUCUGAACUGGAGGCCCAGGUGGAUUUGUUGCAGACCCGAAGCCAAAGGCUGCAGAAACGUAUCAGUGAGCUUGAGGCAGCUGUCAGGAGCAAGCAGGAGAUUUUGAAAGAACUGGAGGCAGAAGAAAGCGUGGAGUCUCCAAGAAGGAAAGCUGAGCUCCAUGUUGAAGACCUGAGAGAAACUAUUCAAGCUCACUCAUCCAGAGAGUCUGCUUCCCCACCUUCUCAAAGCCACGAGGACAGCAACUUGCAAUUUGACCAUGUCAGAAGCUACAUCUCUGCCGAAGGGAUCUCCAUUAGGAAUGCCAAGGAAUUCCUGGUGCGCCAGACCCGCUCCAUGAGGAAGAGGCACACGGCGCUGAAAGCUGCCAAGCAGCAGUGGCACCAAGAUAUGCAGAAAGCGCAGGAGGUGGUGCAGGAUCUUGACAGCUCCCAACUCCUGGAGGGAGUGCGCAAGAACCUGGAAGAGGAAGCAAAGCAGCUGGACAAGAUGAAGUCAGUUAUGCGGAAAGGACAGGUGCUGCUGAAGAAGAAGGAAGAGAAACUAAGCCAGCUGGAGUCAUCGCUGUUGGAGGAGCUUUCAGAUGAAGAUACACUGAAAAGUACUGCAUGCAAGAAGAUGGUGACUUUUGAUCUCAGCAACUCUGAGGACACAAACAGCAUGUCCAGUGCAAGCUUAGGUCAGCCUAAAUUUGACUUGAGAACGGAUCUACAGGUUGGCCCACAGCUGGACAAGAUCCAAUGCCUGACAGACUCUCUGCAGCACAUCACCAGAGAACUGAAUGGGGUCCUCGGCGUUUUGAGCUCUCUGAACAACCGCCAGUCUCCACUCUUCACUUCGACACAGGUGCACUCCAAUGGUGUCCCUCUUUCUACGUAUGCAUCCUUGGCAGGACUUCAGGCAGGUGGCUCCUUGGUGCCCCCCGCUGGGGUGUCUCUGGUGGACCAGUGGGUCCGGAGCACUGGGCUGAGCUCCAGUCGCUCUUUCACAGCCGGGCAGACAGUGGACAGCAUCCUGGCAGAAAAGUGGCACAAGUACUUCCCAGGUGGGUUCCCAUCACUCAGUGGAAGUUCCGGUACUCUGGACAACAAGCUGGGAUACGUACCUGCAGAUGAGCAGAUUCGCCUGUUCCAGCACUCCCAGUUCCAGAGCUGUGAGUCAGACAAGAUGAGUAUUCAAGGAAUGAUUGAGACCAACAAGAAAUGGCUAGAAGACUUCAAGAGGGAUUCAAAGGUACCUCUCUUCCCAGGUGCACAGAAGCCCUCUGCCAGCAGCCCCAGCCUACUUCAGCUAGGACUGGAUGAAAACAGACAAAUAAAAGUGUACCAUUACUGAAAGGUGGGACUUGGCAUUUUCGGCCCUCAGCCUCAGGGUGCAGGACCUGGAGAGGUGGUAGCUGGGGCCUGUGUAGUCCCCCUAACAAUUUGUUGGGGUUUGGUCAUACCCAGCCAACACUGUUCUUUGUGCUCUGCCCUUGAAAUAAAGUCUCUUUACGAGAGAGUGGGGGAAGGAGGAAGUGAACUUCCCAGGUGGAUUCUUCUAAUCCUGUAAUGUGUCCAAAUAUACUUUAUAGACUGUUUAAUCCAGUGGUGAAAUAUCAGGGCUUCAAUAAAUCAACAGUUCUCUCAUUAGUAUUCUAGCAAUCAUGAAGCAGAGCUGUGAAUCAUGGAGGACUUUGAGUAACUGGUCAAGGGGGAGGAGGUGAAUCUGUCUGAGACUUUGCUGGAGGAAAUGUGUCAGGAAAUGAGCCCACGCUGAUGCCCCACAAAUGCUUAAUUGCAGGUGAGCCAAGUCAUCUGGCUUUUGUGGCAAGUGCUCGAGGAGGGGAGAAUGAACAGCAAAACGGGUAGAGUCUGGGGAUAUAACUGGGGAAUAGUAGAUUGUAACUCUCUGGAAAAUGUUCCUGUCUUCUGGGAUGGAAGCAAUAGGAACAAAACCAGGGAUGGCUUUCAUGGCAGAUUUUCUAGAAAAGAGCUCCCUGCUUCCUCCUUUUUCUGCCAGGCUGGCCAGAACUGCACAGCAUAGCUGUGCUGUGGGAGCUCGUCGCAUGUAUUACAAAUGUGCUGAUGGCAAUGCAGAGCAGGGAUGGCAAGAGAGCACGGAGCAGUUCCUGCUGGUGCAGGCGCUGUUAGGGCUCUCAGCCUAGUGCGAAUGUUCAGAGGAGACAAAGCCCCACCUGCGUCCUUCCGUGCCCUGGGGAGAGGGAUCCGGAGCUCAGCAGCUGGGGUCUGCUCCCACGCAGCAGGGCUGUGCAGGCAAACCUGAGCCCUCGGUGCCCAGCCUGGGACCUGGGCAGCAGCUCCUGGAGCAGCUCUGCUGGGCUCCGGGGAGAGCAGUCUCCUGAGGCCACGAACCAGGGCUUUGCGUGGCUGGGAGCAAGGCUGAGGGGUUGGGAUGUGUUGCUCUCAGAUACGAGGAGGUGGCACAUCGCUCUGCGCACCGGGUGGAUGUACUUGUGGUGCUGGAGGGGCUUUACGCAGAGCAUGGCAGCACCCUGCCGGAACGCAGAGCUGCGAGGGGGCAGAUGGUGCUGCUCGAGCCAGUGGGGAGAAGUCACGCUAGGCUUUCAUACUGCUAAGUGGGAAAAGUGGUAUUUGGUUGUUUUGUCAGUCUUUCCUCCAAGCUGACUUUAAAUAUUUAAUGAUUUAAAAAAUGCUGUACCAUUUGCCAUUUUGUCUGAUGAGGAAGUCUGCAUUUCAAGGGAUCCCAUCUGUGAGAAAUCAUCUUCAAAGUCGUUCUCUCUAGAGACAGCUGAUGCAGGGAGGAUGGUAAAGUUGCUGUUCUUCACCCUUCAGUGCUGUUUGUGUUUCUCAGUGUGGCUAAUGAUGCGCAGCAAAGUGAGGCAGAACUCCCCCUCCUGCUUUGCUUCCUGGUUGUUGUAUACUGGCACAACAUUGGAACAGUUCAUGCUGUGAGUGUGGCAGGGGAAUGUUUACAUGCAAAUAGAAAUAUAUUUUUGAUGAACAUUUUAAAACUCGAGAAGAAUGUCUGUAUUUACUUUUUUUUUUUUUUGCUGGACUCUAAAAUUUUCUGAAUUCCUCCUCCCACCUUUGUCCUGGGAUCUUCUGGCCAGGCUCCCGUUUGUGGGUCUGACCAGAGGCUUCAGGCCUCCGCAUGGAUCCUCUAGCCCCCUGCUUGCUAACAAAGCAGGGGUAGUCAUCGUGCAGGCCCCGUCACACUGGUGUCCUUGCUGAAGAAAUCCUAGCCAGCUCGUACUGGCCCUGGACGAAUGAGGAGACCUCAGGUGACCACAGGGAACGGCAGCUGGCCAGGGGAAUCCCUCCUCCAUAGGAAGGGAUGGAUCAAAACGCAGAUUUCCUGUCUGCUGUCGGAUUUACACCGAUCCCCGUCUGCAGGGAUUUUGCUUUUAGUUUCCCAGCUCUUGGAGGAACUCAUGGCAGUAGCUCCAGCUGAUUUUGUAGUAACCCCGCUGUGCUGGCUUCCUGCAGCACGGGGAGGUUGUCAGUCUGUUGGACACUGUCCGCAAAGCCACGUAGCUGCGCCCAGUCUGUGUCCUGAGAAGCGUGGAUUAAUGUGGAGAAAUGCCUGCUUCCUUAGCAAUAAUAUGUUUUCAAAUACGUUUAUCUUUCCUGUUGAAACUUGUGAUAGCUGUAUCUGGUUUUGUAAGCAAAUUAAAUCAACAUGAGUCUGUUUUGUA